AUGCGUCUAAAAAAAACGCCGCAAGGAACUUUUUACCAAGGAGUGAGCACCUUGCCACCAUCCUUUCUACAAAGUAAUACCAAACGAAACUUAUACGAAAGCUUUUCAGAAGAAAGUGUAAACAAAAUAAAUCGUGUAGAAGGGCUGGUGAAAGACUUGGAGGAAUGCUUCUUUACUUUGAUGAGAGACCGCGUAGAAGAACUUGUCAAGCAAACUAAAAGUCAAGAUAAAACAAAUGAACUGAAAAACAAGCUCCUAAAUGUAAAGACUCUACCGGCAGCAAUAAUAACGAACGCAGCACAACUUGCCAAGUGCCACAGAAAAGUAAUGCGCUCACAUAUGGAGCACCGCCCUGAGCUAAAAAAUGUUGAAGAAUGGAAGAAGUUCGUAUCUCAAAACUUCGACAAAAUAGCUGAGGCUGCCGUAGGCUCGGUCGUAAAAGCCAUAGCUAAAGAAUACUCUUCUGCCACUCCAACAAAUAAACAGCCGUAUGAAGAAAUGAGAACGUGCACGGUCCAGAUAAACAGCCUCUUCGGAUCAGAUUUCCCUCCUAUUGUAAAGACAUUCGUGUGUACUAGAUUACAAGAUUCGAUGGUUACCUCGACAGACUAUACCCUUUGCUUUUCGGCACUCGUGAAUAUGAUUAUAAGUGAGCUGAGGACUAGCGAAUCCUUCUUUGACAACAAUGAUAUCAAGGUUAAGAACGUUCCUGGAUUCAACCUCGCCGAAUUGUUGCCUUUUGGUACAAAUAAUGAGCCAAAACAGACCAUCCAGCUUUGGACAAGAAUUUAA